AUGAAGCUCAGUUCAUCAUUCAUUGCCCUCGCGGCAGCGACCACAAAAGACGGACCAAACAAACAGCCGAGCGAGAAACCCGAUCCCAAAGACGCCAACACCGUUGUAGAAUGCGGCGGAUCCAUCACUGCCAAUAACACGCUCAUCACCUCGCCCGGCUUCAAUGAUCCUGGUUACUAUUUCAACAAUCUCAACUGCGUCUGGACCAUCGACAUUCCUGGCAGUACCGAAUUCACCAUCGUGCCAGAGUACUUCGACCUCGAAAGUGACGUGAAAUGCGGAUACGACUCGUUGGCGAUCGUUGGAGCCGACGGAAGCAAACAAAAAUUCUGCGGAACUCACUAUGGCGAUUUCGGAAGCGACCCAGUCGAAGACUACGACUACUCUUACUACUCAUCUUACUCGAGCUCGGGCAGCUCAGGUUCAUACUCCUACUCGAGUUCUGGAAGCUCGGGAAGCUCCACCAGCUCUGGAUCAUACUACAACUACUCUUCUGUCUCCAGCGGUCGAAAACGACGAAGCCUAGAAGACCAAGGACCAAAAGAAAAACCAGAUGUUCUUCCAAGAAACUUCCCAAUGUCCGACCCAGCAGUUCUUUACUCCGGCUCUGGAAGACUCGAAUUCACAACUGAUGAGAGCGAAGUCAGAAAAGGCUUUCAAGUCAGAGUUCUGACCGGAAUCACAAUCCCCGACAACUUUUGCGCCGAAUUUCAGCGUGAUUCUGGCGUCGUGACCAGCCCAAAUUUCCCUGAAGAAUACUGGAACCAAGAACAGUGCAGUUACAAUCUCCUUGCUGAGGAAGGAAAAUGGAUCAAAAUCAGAUUCACAGAUUUCGAAGUCGAGUACAGUUCAAGCAAUUGUGGAUGGGACGCCGUCACUAUCGAAGGAGUCCGCUACUGUGGCACAACCGAAUGGCACGUCAAACCAUGUCGUUGUCAGUUUCACGUCAGAUGGAAGUGUCAAAAAUCCGGCUUCCGAUUCGAAUGGGAAGGAAUCGACAACUACAACAAGCCACAGCCAUUCUGGGACCAUAUGGAAGACUUCAAAAAUCAGCUUGUCGAGCAAAUGGAAAGUCCAGAAUUCGACCGACCAUGGAGAGUUCCACUUUUCCAGCGACUUUUCGAACGUCUUCACGAAGAGUCCAUCCCGUAUUUCCAAGAAGAAGGCACUUGCGACUGGAGAGGUCAUCAGCCAACAUACGAAGAAGUUGAGAUUAAAUUUUUCGAUCCGGAACUCAAUCGUUGCUCCAAUUUGAUGCGAAUGUCUGAAAUGGGACUUCAGUGGAUCGACUCAUACGUCUGUAUGGACGGACAUCAUCAUCCUCGACGAACUUUUAACCACUGGAAGAAAAUGAUGAAGAGAAUCGGCGAUCUUGGCAAAAAGCUCUGCGGCCUCGACAUCUGGCAGGAAGGACCACCUUCUCUUCCCUCGGGGCUUACCUGUCCCAGCCCCGAAACUCCCUUUGCUUCAGGCUCACGAAGUCUUGGAUCAAAAUCCGAAGCUGUGUCCAGAAUCGUCGGUGGCCAAGAUGUUGAUCGGGAAACAACUUGGCCUUGGAUUGUCGAUCUUGACUUCUGCGGAGGAUCUAUCAUCUCAAAGAACCCAAGUGGUCAGAGCGAUUGGAUUCUUACAGCCGCUCAUUGUUGCGACUGGCAGUCCUCGAUGAAAGUCACCGUUGGCUCUCAAAACACUGUUAUUACCGAGCCAACAGAGUUUUCGGUCUGGUCGACUCGAAUCAUCAAGCACCCUGUCUACAACGGUGCACUCGGUGAUUACUGGGGCACAGGACACGAUGUCUGCCUCUUGGAGGUUCCAAACUUGACUGAUGCCCAGCCAGAAGCUUGCGAUGAUUGCUGGUCACCAGUGUGCUUGCCACAGGAUCACAUCGAACCUGGAACCUUUUGCCAUGUCGCCGGAUGGGGAACUACUUCUUCCGGAGGUUCUGCAUCUUCAGAGCUCAAAGAUGUUGGUGUCCACGUCUUCUCGACCGAACAGUGCGUUGCUACUGCUUACGGUCCUGAAGAAAUCAAGGACUCUGAGUUCUGCGCUGGUGUUCCCGAUUUCAACAUGGACGGAAUCACCGAUGGAGGUCGCGACUCUUGCCAAGGUGACUCUGGAGGACCAUUUGUCUGCCAGCAAGACGGCACUGCUGUUCAAUACGGUGUGGUCAGCUGGGGAUACGGAUGUGCCGAGCCAAACAAACCCGGUGUCUAUGCCAAGCUCGCGGGCCCAAUUACUCAAUGGAUCUACGAUACGAUGGAGUCAUAA